GUUCAUUUACUAAUUACGAAAAUCAAUUGUCUUGCGAACAGGAUAAAGAGGUUGAAUUAAACGCAAUUCUUACCGGUAAUUGUGAUGGUUUUACUAGUUCACUUUUAAAAUCGACUAAAUGUGAAUCUGUUUCUGCAUGCAGGGCAGUUGAAAAAUUUUUAAAUAAUUUACAAUUAAAUCAUGAUCCUUCUUAUACUGAAAAUGGAUUCAAAUAUAUGUACUAUUGGUUAUAUGCUGAUGUACUGAAUAGUGAUCCAAGCCAUAUCGAAAUGGUUGAAUUGUAUAAGAAACUGAUUGAUCAAUACGACACUUCUACCAUAUAUGAAAAAUAUAAAAAUCAAUUGAACGAGAAAAAAUCCGAAAAUCUUAUAAACCUUUUUACUUUAUAUAAUAAUUUUAAUAAAGUUGAAGUUCAUUCUACACCUAAUGCAGAAAAAUGUGACUGUGCUAAAAAAUGCGCUAUCACAUAUAUGGAUUACAUAGUUCAAUGUCAUAAUGAUAAUGACCAAGAUUUUUGUAAUGAAUUAGAAAACUUUCGAUUAAGAUAUAAUAAUCGUCUCAAAUCAAUAGAAAAUUGCAAUGAAUUAAAAGAAUUACCAUCAUUCCAAGGAUCUUCACUAGCUGCUACCAUUUCACUCCCAGUUUCUAUAAUGUCAAUAAUAUCAUUCUUUUCAUUUAUUACGUACAAGGUUGGUAUAUUUUUUGUACAAAAUU